GGAGGGGAUCCGUGGGGGGGGGAUGUACCUGCGUGGGGGGGGUCCCGGGGCGGAGCCGCCGCCGGGGGGAGUGGGGGGGGCAGGUCCCGGGGCGGGGGGAGGCGCCGAAGCGGGCGCGCAGAGGCGGCACCGGGAGAGGCACCGGCGGCACCAGGCGCCUCCCCCCGGGGUCGUCCCAAACCGGUUGCACGGGGCCAUGCGGAGCCCGGGGCCGGGAAGAGCCGCCGCCGCCGCGGAUCGCUAGGGACCGGCACCGGGACCCACACCGGGACGGGGUCGGGCGCCGGCACCGGCUCCGGGAGGGUCUCCGGUACCGGUACCGGGGCCCGGUAAGGCACCAGGACCGGCUCCAGAAGGGGCUCCGGUUCUGGCUCCAGAAGGGGCUCCGGUACCGGCACCGGGCCGGGUACCGGGACCGGCUCCGGGAAGGUCUCCGGUACCGGCACCGACUCUGGAAGGGGCUCCGGUACCGGGGCCGGGUUAAGGCACCAGGACUGGCUCCCGGAGGGUCUCCGCUACGGGCACCGGCUUCGGGUCGGGCACCGGGACCGGCUCCGGGAAGGUCUCCGGUACCGGCACCAGUACCGGGAGGGCCUCUGGUACCGGUACCGGGUGGGACAGCGGGAGCAGCACCGGUACCGGCUCCGGGUUGAACACCGGGAGCGGCUCCUUUCCCACCACCGGCAGCAUCUCGGGGUCCCCUGUUCCCCCUUCCCGGUCCCGGGGAUGAUGGAGCCGGUGCCGGGCUCUAGGAAAAGCCUCUCGCUGUCGCUGCCGGUACCCCGGGAGGGGCCCUUGAAGCCCCCCCAGCACCUCUGGCGCCAGCCCCGCACCCCCAUCCGCAUCCGCCACCGCGGUUUCUCCGACACCGACCGGCACCGGCCCCGGCCCAUGGAGCGGGCGGACGCCGUCGACACCGAGGACCGCCCGGGGCUGCGGAAAUCCCGCAUGUCCUGGCCCUCCUCCCUCCACGGCAACCCCCCCGGCACCGGCAAGCGCGCGGAGUUGGAGAAUGGCCCCUCCCCGGAGCCCCAGGGCAGCCCGGGGGUGGUGCUGCUCCCGGGGGGGGCCCCCCCCCAGCGCCGCGAGUCCUUCCUCUACCGCUCCGACAGCGACUACGACGCCUCCCCCAAGAGCGUCUCCCGCAACUCCUCCAUCGCCAGCGAGGCCCACGCCGAGGACCUGAUCGUCACCCCCUUCGCCCAGGUGCUGGCGAGUCUCCGCAGCGUCCGCAGCAACUUCUCCAUCCUGACAAAUGUCCCCACCCCCACGGCCACCAAGCGGUCGCCCAUCGGCUCCCAGCCCCCCCCUGCAAGGCCAUGCUCUCGGAGGAGACGUCCCAGCAGCUGGCGCGGGAGACGCUGGAGGAGCUGGACUGGUGCCUGGAGCAGCUGGAGACCCUCCCAGACCCACCGCGCCGUCAGCGAGAUGGCGUCCAACAAGUUCAAGAGGAUGCUGAACCGGGAGCUGACCCACCUCUCCGAAAUGAGCCGCUCCGGAAACCAGGUCUCCGAGUACAUCUCCAGCACCUUCCUCGACAAGCAGCACGAGGUGGAGAUCCCGGCCCCCAUCCCCAAGGAGCGGGAGAAGAAGCGUCGGCAGCCCCCCCCCGCCCCCCCCUCCAUGGGGCAGAUCAGUGGGGUGAAAAAACCCCCCCCCGGCUCCUCCGGCGACCCCCCCGGCUCCGGCGUCCCCCGUUUCGGCGUCAAAACGGACCGGGAAGAGCUGCUGGGCUAGGAGCUCGACAGCCUCAACAAGUGGGGGCUGAACAUCUUCCGCGUCUCCGAAUAUUCCAACAACCGCUCCCUCAGCUGC